AUGUCAUCAUCGAAUGCGACUAUAGAUCUUAUUACAUCAUUGAAUAAUGCAUCAAAUAUUCUCAAUCGUUAUUUACCCAUUUUCAUCUAUAUUUUUGGUAUAGUUGGUAAUCUUCUCAAUGUUCUUGUUUUGAGUCAACGAUCUCUUCGUUCAAAUACAUCUGCUAUUUUCUUACUUGUUUCAUCAAUCGCUGGUCUCAUUGUUAUUCUUAGCGGUCUCACCAGUCGAAUGAUGUCUGGUUAUACAACUGAUCUAACAUUGACGAUCGGUUGGAUUUGUAAGCUUCGCAAUGUUAUCCUAUAUAGUUCAAGAACAAUCUACUUAAGUAUGAUUGCUUUAGCAGCUAUUGAUCGAUGGUUAUCAUCUAGCAUCCAUCAACAUUAUCGACAAAAGAGUACUUUGAAAAAUGCUUGGCGAAGUAUGAUUGCUAUUCUAAUUUAUACAUGCAUUCUCAAUAGUCCAAUAAUAUACUGCUAUGAAGCCAAUCUAAAUUGGGCUCUACGUCGAUGUUAUGGCUCAACAUAUACUUGUCGUCUCAUAACAGAUCUUAUCUAUGCAUUUGGUACGACAUUAUUACCAUUAGUAUUGAUGAUCAUCUUUGGUUUGCUGACCAUAAAGAACAUACGUUAUGCACGUAGUCGAAUACAAACGGUGGCUGAAAAAGUGAUCAGUCUUGCAAAUAAGAGUAUUGCAACAAGCAAGAAUGGGCAAUUACGUGCAAGGAAAAUAGAUCAAUAUUUACUUAAAAUGCUUCUGAUUCAAGUCACUCUGUUAGUUUUGUUGACAUGUCCUCAUGCUAUACAAAAAGUAUAUUCAUCAUUUGCAUCGAACCCACCACCUCAAUCAUUACAAAGCGCUAUUGAAACAUUUAUCCUUAAUCUCUUCACACUUUUCACAUUUAUCGCCAGUGGAAUGCCUUUUUAUAUUUAUACAUUAAGUGGUGGCAGUGUAUUUCGCAAUGCACUUCUCAAUCUACUCAAAACAUGUGCCCAAAAGAUCCUAUGUCAUUGA